AUGGCCUCGUCACGUGCAGCACGGGCCACUGUGGCUGCUGUGGCGUUGAUGUCCACGCUGGCCUUCUUGGCGCCUUCGUCGCCAAGAGUUGCACCUCCAGCCCAUCGUGGAAUGGCCCCUGCCUCCAUCGGCGACAGCGACAAUCAGGGAGGCCUUCAACUGAGCGCCUCGGUCGGCUUCGCAGCUGUGCUGGCUGCAGCAGUUCUGCGUCGCGCAUCCAUUACGGACAAAGUCUCGUUUGACAACAUCGCUCGGGAGUGGCGCUGCAAGUGGUCUGCAGACGACGACAAGGCUUCGCUGGAUGCAGCCCAGGAGGCCUUGGAUUCCGUGAUCUCGGACGUCAAGUCUGUGGAGGGCGUGAAGUCGGUGCAGCGCGUCGUCUGUGGAGGGUGCUUAGACUUCAAGGUGGUUGUGAAGCUGCCAGCAGACAAGUUCGGCGACUGGGAGAACGCGGGCUUCGCUCCGGAGGAGGCAUUCCUGGACAAGCUCAAGGCCAUCGAUGGCAUCUCCACCGUGGAGACGCAGACCUACACGCUUGAAGAGGUCUGA